GGAAAAAAAUGUUAAAAAAGGUGAAACAAUUAUUAAACAAGGUGAUGGUGGUGAUAAUUUCUAUGUUAUUGAUAAUGGUAUUUAUGAAAUAUAUGUAUCAAAACAAGAAGAUUUUCGUGAUCCAAUUAGAGUUGGAGAAUAUAAUCAAACAGGUUCAUUUGGUGAACUUGCACUUAUGUAUAAUCAACCACGUUCAGCAACAAUAAUUUCAAGUACAGAUGGUAUUUUAUGGGUUAUGGGACGACAAACAUUUCGUAAACUUGUUUUAAAACAUGCAUUUCGUAAACGACAAAUGUAUGAAAAUUUCUUACGUGAAGUUGAUAUUUUACAAUCUUUAACUGAUUAUGAACGAUCAAAUGUUGCUGAUGCUUUGAUUCCAGUUGAAUAUGAUGAAAAAGAAAUAAUUAUUCGUCAAGGUGAUGAAGGUGAUCGUAUGUUUUUUAUUGAAGAUGGUGAAUGUGAUAUAGAAAUGAAUGGAAUAUUCCAUAAACGCUUGCAUAAAGGUCAUUAUUUUGGCGAAUUAGCACUUUUAAAUCAUGAACCUCGAUCAGCAACAGUUAUUGCAGCUAGUACAAAAGUUAAAUUAGCUUCAUUGGAAGUUGAAUCAUUUGAACGUUUAUUAGGACCAUGUAUGGAUUUGAUACAUCGUAAUACGUCCAAAUAUCUUAAAAAAUAA